GUCACUCCCUGGGAGCUGAGGAGAAUGGACUUCCACUAAGUUGACUGAUUGUGGUUUAGUUAGUAGGUCAGUGUGAUUUUGGGAACGACGCGCAUGGUAAUAACACGGUGCCGUUGCUUUUCCACGGCAGGAGCAACUCUUCCACAGCCACAGUUUGCAGGAUGACUUACAGGAACGAGAUGGACUGGCGGUGGAAAGUUUUCACACUUCUCCUAAACCUUCACUUCUCCUACGGCGCGUCCUCCUCCUAUGACUUGUUCCACGGGUCUGCACACACUGGGAUAGUCCACAGACACAGGAAUAGGAACUGGUGCGCCUAUGUAGUGCACAAGAAUGUGAGCUGUGCCGUGCAGGGGAGUGUGGAGAGCUUCCAGGAGCCUGUGGUGGCCCCCUGCCCAGCGUAUCAGCCUGACUGCCAGCAACAAGUGACAUAUAAAACGCACUUUCGACCCACCUACAAAAUUGGCUACAGAACGUUCACUGAGUUGAGUUGGAGAUGCUGCCCCGGUUUCCAAGGUCCAGAUUGUAAAGACUCCAAACCAUCUCCAGAUCAACACAGAGGGCUGGGAGUCCUUCCUUACCUCCCCUCCAACCCCGGACAUACGACCAGACACACUCAGAGGCCAGAGCGCAGAGAGACAGGACACCAUGAGACCAGACAUGGGGGGGCAGACAAGGUGCAGCUUCUGGAAAGUGAAGUUCAGCGCCUCUCUCAGACAGUCCGGGAUUUCCAGUCUGCUUUGACAGGGUUAACGACCAACCUCCGCACCGACCUGCAGGAGGACACCAAGAAGAUGCUGGUUACGCUGCUAAACAUACGGUCACCAGAGAGCGCUGCUACGACAGGCACAGAGGAGAACCCGGCAGUGAUAGAUGGUCACCAAGCCUCUAGAACUGGGAUCGCUGGAGACAAGGCCAUUGAAAAGAUAGUGGCCCGGUUAGAUGAUAUCAGUAUUGCUCUGAAAAAUAAAGACGAAGCUUUGGAGGACAUCAGAGGAGCCAUGACGAGUCACGAGGGGCAGAUCCGUGUCCUCAUGGACGCCUCUCAGUCUCAGACUCCAGCCAUAACAGACCUCGAUGCUAUGCAGAAUUACAUUGACAGUAAAUUUGAGAAGCUGAGGAAGGAGCUGGACCAGAGUGUGGAGGAAGGGAUGAGCAAGAUAGAAGGUGUGUGUGAUGAAAAGGUCAAGUCCUCUCAGAAGACCUGCGAGGACAGCCAUGAAGAAUUCUUGGUCAGCUUGACCAAGCUGGUGGAUUCUAAAGAGGCUGACCUACGAAAGGAGAUCAGGACGUUACGUUUGGACAUGGUGGCCGCAGAUGGACCCGUACGGACACAAAGACAGACAGAUCCGUCCAAGAAGGAAGAGUUUCACGGUGACCACAAGGACCUGUGGCGUGAGAUCGACCGUAUCGGUGAGGCUCACCGUAUCCUGAAUGUCCGCAUUGACAAUGAGCUGGCUCACCUGUCCGCCCCUCAGCAGGACAGUGAUUUCAGUUUACAAAUGGAGGAGCUGGAGGCUCGGUUGAACAUCACGGAACAGAAUGCAGAAACUCACUGUUUCUACAUCGAAGAGAAGCUCACACGUACCAUCGUGGAAGAGGUGACUGAACUUCGACAGCUUUUGGACGAGCGUCUGAACAACAUGGAGGACCAGUUCACCAACAUGCUGAUGGAAAUGAGCAACAAUUCAUUCCCAGGCAUGUUUGGUGUCUCGAUGGACGCAAUCCAGUCGGAAGUCAACAACAACAAGUUCCUCCUUCAAGGUUUGGACGACAAGGUCAAUGCUGUUGGAGAGUUGUGCUCUGUGGGCUGCUCCAGCGCAGCGCCACACGCUGGUGCAGCUGCUUUACCACAGAUGCCAAAUGGACUUGAAAACAUUUUGAAGGACCUGAUUCGCUACAGACAGGCCUUGGACGUUCUUCACACCAAUGUCAGCAUCAACACGGAGCAGAUCAGGAAACUGAGUGAUGAAACCCCGUCGGCUGCAGAUAAAAGAAACACCGAGACGAUGGAAGACUUUCAGAGACGACUUACUGGUUUAAGAGAUGAUUUCUCUGAGUUAAGUGACAAAUACAACCGGGACAUGAACAAAAUAAACACCACGUGUUGUCAUCCAGAGCAGGUUCACAAUGAAAGACCAUCCAGGAACGACUGGACUCCAGUUAUCACGGUACCCAGCGGUCAGGCUGAUGACUCCAAAACUCAAAUAGAAGACCUGAGGAGCAGGCUGGACACUCUGAGACAGCAGAUGACCUCUGAACUCAGUCAGUGUACACAGCACACGCAGAGCUUUUCUGAUGUGAACAGACGCGUGGACAAACUGGAGCAGGUUUGUGGACGGUUGGACGACGUCUCUGCUAACAUUAAAGAGCUGAAGGACGGACUGGAGAAGCACGUGAGGGGUCUGCAGGACUGUGUCUCCAGGAUGAACGCCACCUGUGGAUCUCACGGCGCAGACAUCAUCGCGCUGCAGCAGGCCUUGCAGAGGUUCCAGUCCCAGUUGUCCCAGAUGGCCAAGCACGUCGUAAAAGACGUCACUGCCAAAGAACCCGGAAUGACCUUAAGGCCAGACAGGCCCGCUGCUUCACCAGAUACAACUCAGUCCAGACCCAGAAUAAAACAAAUCGACAUCCCUAUAAUCUUCUCGCCGCCGCCGUCCAGCCCCAGACAAACUCACACUCCCAUCAAACCAGUGCAGCCCAACACGCAAACAGUCAGGAUCAGCUCCCCGAGUCAGCCAGCCAGCCCUCAGCUUCCAGGACACUCCCCUCUGCCCGCGGAACCCAGAAGGCCCGUGGUGGAGACCGGAGAGGCCGGACCUCCAGGCUACAUGCGCAGGGUGACCGUGAGGAGAGGCUCCGAGGACUCCACCUCUGAGCCAGUCAAAGGCUUCGCUGGAGCCCCAGGCUAUCCUGCUCUGCACCCCGUGUCUUUCAAGCCCCAAUCAGCCAGACGUGCAGUUUCUAUAGCAGCCAAGCUGCCAUGGAACCCUCUGCAUCACAGACCAGUUGAAUCUCCAGUUUCAGUGGACAACAGUGCCUUUGCCGAUCCCUUCUCCUUCUCUGCUGGACUCACACAUCAGCCCUUCUUCUCUGGAGACUUCGGUUUCAUCAAAUUUAACAAGGUGUUCGUCAACGACGGUGGAUACUACAGUCCUCACUCAGGAAUCUUCACCGUACCCUGGGAGGGCCGAUACCUGAUCUCAGGUCUCCUGACAGCCAGGCAGGGUGAGUGUGUAGAAGCCAUCCUCUCAGUGUCCGACCGCAGUGUGCAGAAGCUGCAGACCUCCUCUGGGACAGCUCCUGGUCAGGACUCUACCGGUGGUCCGUGCUCCUGCGGUGGAUCGGUGUCCUUCAGCGUGAUCCUGCCUCUCAGGGAAGGAGACCGGGUGGGACUGGUUAGGACCAGGGGACGCUUGGCCAGCACUGAGGCCGGAGAGGUCCUCUCCACCUACAGCGCUGUGUACAUGUACUCGAAGAAGGCGGAACGAUAGCCGGAGCUCAAGGGAGCAAGGACUAGUUUGUUCAAAGACUAUUGGACUGGACGAAGGUUGAAGAAACCUCCUGAAGUUUCCACUCCUGAAGUGAUGUGAUGUGAUGCAGCAUUCUACUACGCAGUGCCACGGUGUGAAGAUCCUCAGUUAAGCCCAAACAUUGCCUUCUGUAAACCAUAAUAUAUUUAUCAACACAUCUUUUUUAUCUAUUGUGAAUGUCUUUGUAAAAGUGUCUUUAAAUUAAUAAAACCCAUAUCAAAAAAUGACAUCAUUGAAAAAUAAACCUUAUAAAUAAAG